GGGGUUUGAACUUUGAACAAGCUCAUCGAAAACAUCAACAUUAACCUCCCGAUUUAGUAAAUUAAUGAUCGAUCUACACUUUGUUUGGACUUCAAAUCGUACGACAAACCAACGUAGGUGAACACCAAUGCCAUAACUCAUGGAUAUUAAAACAAUGAAAAGGAAAGGUAGCUUGCAAUUUGAUUAUAAUUGGUUAGAGUUGCAGCUAGCCUGGAUAUCGAAAAGUAUUUUGUAUCUGUACGUUCUCUGUUCUGAUAUAUCGGAUCGGAUCGGUAAGGAUCUCAGGCAAAUUAUAAUUAGUACAUCACUUACCCCAGAUUUUGGGCUCUACGUAGUAGUAUUCAAGUUUACAGAGCUAUGCGAACGAUGA